CAUGAUCGCCGCUCGGGUCGGUUUCGAUUGUGCGCGGAAAGACACAAUGUGGCACAACACUUGUUGUGAUCGGUUGGCUGUUGCGUUCGGUGCGGAACCAUUCAUUACGCUAGUUACGGUUUGAAAAGUGUCGCGAUUUGUAAUGGGCGUGCGUGAUGGACAGAUGGAAAAUUACCAACGAAUUACUGUACUAAAUAUCUUAAAUCUUCUCUAGUGGAGAACCAAAACAUAAGAGCAGUAGAAGUGAUUGUUUUACUGAAAUUUGUUUAUAGUGAUCGCGUAGCAUACCGAUGAUCUUGAUCGAUGUGUUUAUUUCUAGUUGUGAGUUGUGGCGGUGAAAAGCUAAACUGUUCAAUCCAACCAACAGCACGAGCGUAAGAGGGAAGAGAGUUUUUUAAAUACCGUAUAAGUGGCCGCUUUCAACACAAGUCGACGGCACUAGAGCGGUCCCAAAAGAGUUGUGUAUGCUUCAAGAUCAUACCGAACGCAGCGUGAAAAGUGAACCAAAUCAAGGCCGGGUAGAUUUGAGUGAAGUUUCUUCGACAGAAGUUUGAACGCCGCGCCAGCAGCCACGAUCGUGUUUUCUGUGUUUGUGUGUAUUUAUUUUUCGUUUCCUUCGAGAAAAAAAAACUUCUCAUUGAUCAUCAUGUGCAAAAUUUCAACUCGAUCCAGCUUGACGGUAAUCAUGCUGACGGCAUCCAUUCUGGCCGAUCUUGUUCUCGCCACUCCUUGGGGCAAUUAUUACGAGUACGGCGGACAUCCGAGCGGACCACAGCUGUAUCAAUACAACCAACGCAUCGAUCAUCACCGGACGGUGCCGGACAGUGUACCUUCAUCGUCGGGUUCGAUCAAUUGCCAGUGCACCAAACUUCGCUACUGUACCAAAAUACUGGAAAUGCUGCGAAACCCCAAAUCGAGCUACGGUAGCUUUAAUUCGAAGCUUAAGGAACUGGCCUGCGGUUAUGGGACUGAUAAUGAACCGAACAUUUGCUGCCCGCUGGACGAUAGCUGGUUGCGGGAUGUCAUUGUGCAGGAAGAUGAAAAUGGCCAUUCUUCGGAGGAAAACGAUUCCCAUUCCGCUAUUGGGUGGGAUGAAGGUUACACGAACCGAAAGUCGGACAACGGACAUCAGUGGUCGAAGGAACGCUUUAAGUAUAUACCCAUGAUGGUGGGUAAGGAUGUGAAGAGACAGGGCAACACCCGGACGACUACCACCUCCAGCAACUGGUGGAAACAAAGGCCACAGAAAAGCAACACGAUCGCACAGUUUGAAGAUCCCAAAACGAUGAAGAACUGUCCACCGGAGAUUUAUCCGAACGAGGCAGAAGUUACAUUGCGCCCUACAAAAGCAUAUGUGGCGCCUAUCAUGCGAACAACCACAAAGCGUCCGGGAGUGGUAUUGGGAAGUAAUCGUCUUGCCGAGACGACAACUGUUCCCGUCACAAACGAUCUGCCGGUAACCACAACAGAUCUGAUAACAACCGUACUGCCGACAGUAGUUCCCGAUCAACCGAUGAUUAAUGCACCACUUUGUGGGCUUUCGGUUAAUACGCGGAUUAUUGGUGGUGAAACGGAAGUACCGGGUCAGUUUCCCUGGAUGGCUCGGUUGGCGUACAGGAAUCGAACUUCUGGACGUGUAACGUAUCGUUGUGCGGGAUCUCUCAUCACCAAUCGGCACGUAAUAACGGUUGCUCAUUGUGUCACGAAUCUUAUUGAUGAACUACAGCUAGUCAGCAUUCGAUUGGGUGAUUUGGAGUGUAACGCCGUUACGGACACGCGAUGCAGCGCCCGUUAUCAGGACUUUGCAAUCGAUCAGAUUCUUCCGCACGAGAGCUACGAUGUGCCCAAGUACGCAAAUGAUAUCGCACUAAUAAAGCUGCGCGAAACGACGGAAACGUACAACAUCAUCAGUCCGCUCUGUUUGCCGACGGAUCAGUACACACCGUACGCCCUGAAUCUUACCGGGCAGAUGGGAAUCAUUGCUGGCUGGGGUUCGACCAGUAAUCGAAGCAACACACCGAGCCCAACGUUGCAGUGGCUCCGAUUGCCGAUAGUGGACACGAGCGGUUGUGCCAACGCAUACGCACGGUACAGCGUGAACUCGCGCAAUCCGAUCAUCGUGUCCGACAACCAGAUGUGUGCCCAGGGUCAGGAAAAUCGAGAUGCUUGCCAGGGCGAUUCCGGUGGACCGUUGAUGAAUGAGGCCAUAUCAACGCGCGACCGGUUCGUGCUGCUCGGGCUCGUUUCGUUCGGACCGCGCACGUGUGGCGUUUCCAACUUUCCGGGCGUGUACACCCGCAUUUCGUCGUACAUUGAUUGGAUAUUGACCAACGUUAUGCGUUAGUCGCCGGUCACGGUGGUACGGAUUCAUCGUCGUACUUUUGGGGACGCGUGUAUACUAGGGACAAAGGGGAAGAAUACGUGUACGUAGACAUAGGCAAGGAACAAAGUUUCUUUUCGUCUAGUUAGGUCUUUAAGCGAACCAUAUUGUGUUUUUCUUUUUCGUGUACAUGUUUCACGAGGUUGCAAGCUAGUGAAAUUAAAAUACAAUCCAUGACUGAAUAGUGUGACACGGUGUUGUUUUGUAUUCGUCUUUUGUUUCUUUUGUUUUUAAAUCGAUGAUGUUUCGCAGUCAAAAUGCUACUAACGCAUGCGUUAGUGCGUUUCAUCUAAUUCAAUCAAACAGCUCAAUUUGUUCACUUAAUUCCACAAAUAACCUCCAACAACUCCAAUCACGUGGUUGAUGACACUUUGCGCUAGCACACAACAGAGGGCGCCACUAGCGACGGUUUGCGAUUCGUUUGAUUUUUUUCAAUCGAUCGUUCGUUACCCUUUGUUUUUAUGAUAAAUUUAUACAGGUUUUUAAUUAAUCCCCAGGGUAGACAAAAAAAAAACACUCUCCUCUUUUCUUCCCCCUACCCCCUGUUUAGGAUCAAUCGAUUGACCUUCACUUGCUGCCAUUGGCAUUAGCACGCGCAUUUUGGGGAAGAUUCGUUUAUUGAUCGAUUCGAACACAAUCAAACUUCUUCACUGGCCAUCGAGGCGAAUGCAGAAAACCUGUUUUAUCAUCUGAAACCGGUAUUUUGUAAACAAAAUAACGCAGUCUAUACAAACACCGUCACCGUCAUACAUAAUAGCGAUCGUCUACUUUGCGAUCAGCAGAUCGUUUAUUAUAUUUUUAAUUAACACUACAGCCGCCGCUAAUGCAACAUUAUCAUUUCAAACAAUGGCACUGCAAUAAAUUUAUACCAAUGUAUCUUGCAAUCAAUAUUAUACAAAAAAUACUUUCACAUUUAUGCUUCACCGAACGUUUGUAUUGACUAAAUGGCGAUAUUCGUUAUAUGGCACUGCUAGGGUCAGCAGACCCCCGGGCAUGUAGUUUGUAAGAGAAUAAGUGAAUGUUUGGUACAAUUACGGUUCAUUGCAAGAAGUUGUAAUGAAAACAAACGAAUAAUGUAAUAAGUUAGCCCAGAAGACAAAAACCCGAAGGGAAAGGGAACUACAUAAAGACAUAACCGAGCGGGUCGAGGAGGGUUGAAGGUAGGUGCAAUAAGAUUCACCUGACUUUGGGAUUUCCGUUCGUUCAUGUUUGCGUUCGUACUUGCGGCAAAUUCUCGCGAACAAGCGUUUGCUUAAUGAAGCAGCAAACGAAACGAAACUGAGAAAAAUAGAUGCGAAAAUCACACAUGCAUUGAACGCGUUCGUGUACUCUGUCGCGCGAACAACUCUCCAUCUCUAUUCUACACUCGCGAGAGCGUAAAUCAACGAUCGUGAUCUUGGAAAUAAGAAGCCUCUGCCACUGGCUGAACGCACUAUUAGCCGGGUUUCGCGUCAUGGCACCCGAUUAGUCAUUCGUAGCGUUCCGAGCAAAUCGGACCGACCGACGUUACGCAGAGUUCGGACACCUGCCGCUAAACAUGAGUACUUUCGGUCGUUCCGUGCUAAGGUUGCACCGUCCAGUGAUGGGACCUUUUCUACUGCUAGCUAUUCUAAGCAUCGCCGCUGCCCAACAAUGCACCCUGCCCGAUAGUACGGCCGGCCAAUGUGUGCUGCUGCGCAACUGUAACAGCCUGCUGACGCUAAUAAAGAAAAAACCGCUGCUAGAUGCGGAUCGUGUAUAUC